GACUGUAAUUUCCUUACUCAUAUCAAUGGGCUGUUAUUCACAUGAGUAAUCUCACUGACUUGAGGUGUAUUGCUUUUGUAGCUAACUGUUCCCUCAUGGAAAGACUGACAAUAUGUUCUGUAGCAAAGCACACUUAAAAGGCAGCAUCAUAAUGCACACCUGUAAAUUGCCAUUCUCCCAUGUGAGCAUCUAGGUAGGAGGCCUAGGAGUGCUGAACACCAAAUGAUAAAACCUACUUAGCUAAUUCAUGUUGACCUGAAGUUAUGCAUGAUCUGCCUCACAGUAGACUAACAUCACUAGUAAUUUAUUUGCAUCGAGGUGAUACAAGGUACUUUUUUUUUUUUUUGCAUUCUGAUUAACAGCAAUAUCAUCAUUUCUUCAGAUGCUAAUUAAUGCUUUUCUCAUUCUAAGCAGGACUGUAAAAUGGAUUUAGGAUUCAAAGACCAUAACAAAAGGACACAUACCAAGAACACCUCUGCUGCAACAAAGAAUUUUUCUGCCUGGGAAGACUAUAAGAGUAGUGUUGAUGACAUGCAGUACUUUCUUAUUGGGCUGUACACACUUAUAAGUCUGGCUGGCUUUGUGGAAAAUCUGCUUAUACUAACAGCCGUACUAAAGUGCAAGCAGAAGACAGUAAUAACCAUUCUCAUUGGAAACUUGGCCUUUUCUGACAUCUUGGUUGUGCUGUUUUGUUCAUGUUUCACGCUGACAUCUGUCCUGCUUGACCAAUGGAUGUUUGGCACUAUGUGCCUUGUAAUGCCCUUCCUCCAGUGAGCAUCAGUCCUAGUUUCAACUUUGAUGUUAAUAUCUAUUGCUGCAGUCAGGUACCGUAUGAUAAAGUAUCCCCUCGCCAGCAAUCUCACAGCAAAACAAGGCUAUUUCUUAAUAGUGAUCAUUUGGGCCUUUGGCUUCACAAUUUGCUCCCCUCUGCCAGUUUUCCAUAAAACUGUGGACUUCAGCAAAACUCUGAGUUUAGAGGGACUGGAGAACAGGCUGCUGUGCAUCGAGUCAUGGCCUUCCGAUUCCUACAGGAUCACCUUCACGAUAGCCUUGCUGUUCAUGCAGUACAUCCUGCCGCUGGCAUGCCUGACCACCAGUCACACCAAUGUCUGCAGGAGCAUAGGGGCUAGGCUGUCAAACAAGGAAAACAAGUUGGAAGAAAAGGAGAUGAUAAACCUAACUCUUCAUCCCUCUAAGAGCAGUAGCACGCAGGUUCAACCCUCCAGAUAUUCCAGGUGGAGCUGUGCCUUUGGCAGAAGGCACCACAGAAGGUACAGCAGAAAGACUUCAAGUAUGAUGCCAGCUAUUUCAAGGCAUCAUCAGGAUACCUAUUCCAGAACAAGAUCGAGGAGGUUCUUUUGCAGACUGACAGUGCUAAUACUAGUUUGUGGCUUCAGUUGGAUGCCUCUUCACCUUUUCCACAUUGUGACAGAUUUUAAUGCUACUCUCAUUUCCAACAGGCACUUUAAAUUAGUAUAUUGCAUAUGCCAUUUGUUUGGUAUGAUGUCCUGCUGCUUGAAUCCCAUCCUCUAUGGGUUUCUUAACAACAACAUAAAAGCUGAUUUAAUGUCCUUCAUUCUGUGCUGCCAAAUACGAUGAUUUUAUGUGCCCCAAGAUAAAGUAAA